GGGAGCAGCAGCAGCGGUAGCCCCGGCAGCCCACCGGCAGCCCACCGCCUCCGCUGCGGUUCUUACCCACCGCUCCUUUCCCAGCCUCUCCCCGCCCAGGGGCGGGUGUCCCGGGCCGGGCAGGCCAGCUUUCCCGCCGUGAGGGGAUAGCGGGGCGUCGCAGGGCAAAGCGCUGACCAUGACGGAGAGCCCGGCCCCGGCCCCGGCUCCGGUAGCCAAGCCCAAGCGGGCCAGGGCGGCACGGCGGCCGCCGGCCCACCCCACCUACUCGGACAUGAUCGCAGCGGCCAUCCGGGCCGAGAAGAGCCGUGGCGGCUCCUCCCGCCAGGCCAUCCAGAAGUACGUGAAGAGCCACUACAAGGUGGGCCAGCACGCCGACACCCAGAUCAAGCUCUCCAUUCGGCGCCUGCUCGCCGCCGGUGUCCUCAAGCGGACCAAAGGGGUCGGCGCCUCAGGCUCUUUCCGCCUGGCCAAGGCCGACAAGGCGAAGAAGUCCCCAGCCAAGAAGAGGAAGAAGGCGGCCAGGAAAUCCACAUCGCCCCGGAAAGCGGCUAGGCCCAGGAAAGCCAAGUCGCCGGCAAAGAAGCCCAAAUCUGCCGCCAGGAAGGCCACGAAGAAGUCGAGGGCCAGCCCGAAGAAAGCCAAGAAGCCAAAGACUGUUAAGGCCAAGUCGCUGAAGGCAUCCAAGCCCAAGAAGGCAAAGCGGUCGAAACCCAAAGUCAAGUCCAGCGCCCGGAAAUCACCCAAGAAGAAGUGAGAAGUCUAGAGGCGUUUCGGUACUCUGCCUGUUGGUUUCUGUAAAUAGCCUUUGCCUUUAUUUUUACCCCUUUCUAUUGUGUUUUAUAAGGAAUUGAUCUAUUCCUGUCUGGAAAUAGCUAGAACAAGGCAGUUAAUGAAAGAAAAAAAAGAACAUCCUUGGUACGGAGAGUUCCCAUUUUUAAGAGUUACUGGUCUGGGUUUUUAUUUUGACAUCUCAGAAAUUU